AUGCGCAAUCUGAGAAACUUGCGAUUUGGCCGCCUGGCUUUGGCUGAUGUUACCGCCGCAUGCUGGGAUCCUGAGACGGACGAAAUCAUUUGUACUGUUGGCCCAACAGCUCAAAACCCUACCAUACAGCUGUUUCGUGUCUCUGAAGGUCACGGCCUGUUGCAUCGUCCCAUCACCAAUUGGGAUGCCCCAAGCCCAAAUCCUGAUCUAGCAGUAGACAGAAUCCUGAAUAUUCAGUAUCUGAGUGGCACCGCAACGAUAUGUCUUGUUCUGGAGGGCGGCGACAUCAUCACGAUCAAAGAGGAUCAACUCGGUAGUGGAGAUGCCCACAUUGAAAUUGUUGGUUCCAUUGACGAUGGCAUAUCUGCAGCCAGGUGGUCUCCUGACGAAGAGCUGCUCGUCAUUGUCACCAAGACCGACAAUGCCAUAUUCAUGGGCAGUUCUCUGGAUCCCGUCGCCGAGGUUGCCAUAACGGCCGACGACCUCCGGGCAUCAAAGCACGUCUCUGUUGGCUGGGGUAAAAAGGAAACUCAGUUUCAAGGCCGAGGCGCCAAAGCUCUCCGUGACCCUACGAUUCCUGAAAAGGUCGACGAGGGCAUCCCCAGCCAACAUGAGACUGGGGCUACAACAAUCAGCUGGCGUGGCGAUGGCUCUUUUGUUGCUAUCAACUCCGUCCAGGAAGGGUCUCGUCGUGUGAUUCGUGUCUUCUCUCGAGAGGGCGAGCUCGAUAGCGCUAGCGCGCCUGUUGAUCAGCUCGAGAGUAGUCUCAGCUGGCGGCCAUCUGGAAAUCUAAUGGCCGGCAUUCAGCGUCUGCAAGACAAGGUUGAUGUCGUCUUUUUCGAACGCAAUGGUCUUCGUCAUGGCCAGUUUACUCUGCGCUCCUCUCUUGAAGAUGUGACGGCGUGCCCCAACAUUCAGCUUGAGUGGAAUACCGACUCAACUACCUUGGCCGUUGUACUCAGCAAGACGGUACAGCUGUGGACAAUGGGCAACUAUCACUGGUACCUGAAGCAGGAGAUUCCAAGAGAUGUCGGCGGUGCUGCUGUACUCUCGUGGCAUUCUGAAAGAGCGCUGCGACUGGCCUUCCCAACUGGUGACGGCCUUGUUCUAGUAGAGCAGGUCUUGCAUUCCGCCAGAGGCUCUUGCCAGCAGCCCUGUGAUGUUGGUGCCGUCGCCGUGGUCGACGGGUCAAAUGUCAAAUUCACUCCAUUCAGGACUGCCAACGUACCUCCUCCCAUGUCAUUUUGCGAUAUCGAGACCGAAUCGUCGGCAGUCGAUGUUGCAUUUGGCCACCGCAAUAGCUCCUUUGCCAUUCUUCACCACCGUGGCGUUGAUCUCUAUGAUCUACCCAUCACCAAUGGUAGAGCUGGCAGACCAAAGGCGGUCAAGAAGCUCCCACUAUCUCUGCACGACUCUAAAUACUUUCUACCACUGCGAAUCGUCGCUACAUCAACAGGGUAUUGUAUAUUUGCCUAUCAAGGUGACAAGUUUGUCAGAGCCGUUUUUGGCGCUGACGACUCAAACAUCGAGUUUUUCCAGGACGCCGCUAUAUCUCUGCUGAGCACGGCGGCUUAUGAUGACGAAUCGGUUAUUGAAGGAUAUGGCCAGGAUGCCUCUGGAAUGAUAUACACAGUUUCCGCAACCUCGACAGAACCUCUAGGGAUCCAGUUUCCCUCGAUGCUUCCAUCCUUUGAGAUUUACAAGUCAAGCGAUGAUGCUGUCAUUGCAAUCGGUCUCUCGCGAACCGGUCACAUAUUCGCAAACUCGAGGCAACUGGCCAAGAACUGCACAUCUUUUGUCCUCACACCUCACCACCUCAUCUUCACAACCAGCAACCACUUCGUUAAAUACGUCCACCUUGUGGAAGAUGUCGAAGACCUGGAAGUCCCCGCCGAUGAUCCCGAGAAGGACGAGCGGUGCAGAAGUAUUGAGCGCGGAUCCCGUCUCGUAACGGCGAUGCCUACAAACAUGAGCAUUGUCCUGCAGAUGCCGCGCGGCAAUUUGGAGACGAUUUAUCCUCGCGCAAUGGUCCUUGCUGGUAUCCGGCGCCUUGUUGACGCCAAGGACUACGGUACAGCCUUCUCCUACUGCAGAACCCAGCGAGUAGACAUGAAUGUGCUUUGCGACUACAAGUUUGAGCAGUUCCUAGCUUCCGUCCCUAUUUUCCUGGAUCAGCUUAACGACAUAUCCUACAUUGAUCUAUUUCUAUCUUCGCUCAAGGAGGAAGACGUCACGCAAACUAUGUAUCAAGAUACGAAGAGAUACAAAUCCGCCGCCGGCAUGCUUGCCUCGGAAGUGGAAGCCAGUUUGGCGACGAAACCAGGAGGCAGCAAAAUCAAUACCGUCUGUGACGCUCUUCUCAAGGGCCUGCAACCGCUCAAAAGCACAAACCUACAAAACAUCAUCACCGCGCACGUAUGCAAGAGCCCACCAGCGCUCGACGACGGCCUCACCCUUGUCUACGAACUUAUGAAGGGGGACCCCAAAGUCGCCGAAAAGGCCAUUGAGCAUAUCUGCUUCCUUGUUGAUGUCAAUCGGCUCUACGAGAAUGCGCUUGGCCUGUACAAUCUCGAACUUGCGCUCCUCGUGGCCCAGCAGUCGCAGCGCGAUCCCCGCGAAUACCUCCCCUUUAUGCAGACCCUGCACGCGUUGCCCGAGGUGCGGCGCAGGUUUGAAAUCGAUGACCACCUAGACCGUCGCACGAAAGCACUCACUCACCUCCAAACGCUCGACUCCUUUGACGAGUUCUGCAGCUACACCACCAAGCACAAGCUUUACCAGGACGCCCUGCGCCUCUAUCGCUACGACCAGCCCCGGCUCCGCACCAUCACUGACCUCUACGCGGCGCACCUCGAGUCCACGUCCUCGUUCCGCGAGGCAGGUCUGGCCUACGAGUCCCUGCAAAACUACGCCAAGGCCACGAGCUGCUACCGUUCGGCCGGCGCCACCUGCUGGCAGGAAUGCCUCUUCGCCGCGCAGCAGCAGACGCCGCCGCCGAGCUCCGAGACCAUGGGCCAUCUCGCCACCGCGCUGGCCGACGCGCUCUGGGAGGCCAAGGACUACGCGGCCGCCGCCACCAUCCACGCCGACUACCUAGACUCGCUAGAGACGGCCAUCAAGUGCCUCUGCAAGGGCUACCUCUUUGCCGAGGCCCUGCGCCUCGUCGCCAAGCACAACCGCCCCGCGCUCCUCGAGACGGCCAUUGACACGGGCCUCGCCGAGGCGCUCAGCAGCACGACCGAGUUCCUCGCCGACUGCAAGGCCCAGAUUGGCGCGCAGGUGCCGCGCAUCGCGGACCUGCGGCGCAAGGCCGCCGAGGACCCGCUGGCCUUUUACGAGGGCGACCGCGCCGGCGGCGCCGACGUCCCCGACGACAUCUCCGUCGCGGCCAGCUCGCGCCUCAGUGCCGGCAACAGCCUGUUUACCCGCUACACCGGUAAAGCAGGCAGCGUGGGCACGGCGGGCACAGGCGUCAGCCGCGCGACGAGCAAGAACCGCCGGCGCGAGGAGAAGAAGCGCGCGCGCGGCCGCAAGGGCACCGUCUACGAGGAGGAGUACCUCGUCAACAGCACCCGGCGCCUCGUCGAGCGCGUCGGCGCCACGCAGGCAGAGGUCGAGCGCCUCGUCUUCGCGCUCGUCCGCCGCGGCAUGGCGGAGCGCGCGCGCAACGCAGAGGCACUCAUGCGGGACGUCCUCGACGCCGCAGCCGUCGCCGUCGCGCAAGUCUUUCCGCACGCGGCGGCCGCGCAGCAUGGUGGAGAGGACGGUGGAGCGCAACAGCAGCAGGACGAGGACGGCGACGGCUUUCGCGCCAAGGGCGGCGAUGCGGUCCUCGUGGAGUGGAUGGAGGCCAAGUCGAAAAUGGCGGAGCCGCCGGUGCUGGCCAAGAUGUCCAAGCUCACACUUUUGGGCUAG